AUGAAGGACUAUACAAAACUUGGAGGAGGAGUUAUAAGUGGAAGUGGUCAUCUUCAAGAAGGUUCAUCUGAGAGUCUUGAUGCAGAACUUUAUUAUGUGAGAAAUGACCUUAUCAGUCACUAUGCUCUGUCCUUUAACCUGUUAGUACCCAGUGAGACAAAUUUCCUGCACUUCACUUGGCAUGCAAAGUCCAAGGUUGAAUAUAAGCUGGGAUUCCAAGUAGACAACUUUGUGGCUAUGGACAUGCCCCAGGUUAAUAUUUCUGCCCAAGGGGAAGUUCCACGCACUUUAUCAGUGUUUCGGGUCGAACUUUCCUGUACUGGCAAAGUAGAUUCUGAGGUUAUGAUACUUAUGCAGCUCAACUUGACAGUAAAUUCUUCAAAAAAUUUUACAGUCUUAAAUUUUAAAAGAAGGAAAAUGUGCUACAAAAAACUUGAAGAAGUAAAAACUUCACCUUUGGACAAAAACACUAGCAGAACUAUUUAUGAUCCUGUACAUGCAGCUCCAACCACUUCUACGCGUGUGUUUUAUAUCAGUGUAGGAGUUUGCUGUGCAGUAAUAUUUCUUGUAGCAAUAAUAUUAGCUGUUUUGCACCUUCAUAGUAUGAAAAGGAUUGAACUGGAUGACAGCAUCAGUGCCAGCAGUAGUUCCCAAGGGCUGUCUCAGCCUUCUACACAGACGACUCAGUAUCUGAGAGCUGACACACCCAACAAUGCAACUCCUAUCACCAGUUAUCCCACCUUGAGGAUAGAGAAGAAUGACCUGAGAAGUGUCACCCUUUUGGAAGCAAAAGCCAAGGUGAAGGAUAUAGCAAUAUCAAGGGAGAGGAUAACUCUAAAAGAUGUACUGCAAGAAGGUACUUUCGGCCGUAUUUUCCAUGGGAUUUUAGUAGAUGAAAAAGAUCCAAAUAAAGAAAAGCAAGCAUUUGUAAAAACAGUUAAAGACCAAGCUUCGGAAAUUCAGGUGACAAUGAUGCUCACUGAAAGUUGUAAGCUGCGAGGGCUUCAUCACAGAAAUCUUCUUCCUAUUACCCAUGUCUGUAUAGAAGAUGGAGAAAAGCCCAUGGUGGUAUUGCCCUACAUGAAUUGGGGGAACCUUAAAUUGUUUUUACGGCAGUGCAAAUUAGUAGAGGCAAAUAACCCUCAGGCAAUUUCUCAGCAAGACCUGGUACACAUGGCUAUUCAGAUCGCCUGUGGAAUGAGCUAUCUGGCCAGAAGGGAAGUCAUCCAUAAAGACCUGGCUGCUAGGAACUGUGUCAUUGAUGACACACUUCAAGUUAAGAUCACAGACAAUGCCCUCUCCAGAGACUUGUUCCCCAUGGACUAUCACUGUCUGGGGGAUAAUGAGAACAGGCCGGUUCGGUGGAUGGCUCUUGAAAGUCUGGUUAAUAAUGAAUUCUCCAGUGCUAGUGAUGUGUGGGCCUUUGGAGUGACACUGUGGGAACUCAUGACUCUGGGCCAAACGCCCUAUGUGGACAUCGACCCCUUUGAGAUGGCUGCGUACCUGAAAGAUGGUUACCGAAUAGCCCAGCCAAUCAAUUGUCCUGAUGAGUUAUUUGCUGUAAUGGCUUGUUGCUGGGCCUUAGAUCCAGAGGAGAGACCCAAGUUCCAGCAGCUGGUACAGUGCCUCACAGAGUUCCACGCAGCCCUGGGGGCUUAUGUCUGACUCUCCUCUCACAGUCGCAACAUCAGAAGGAAGGUGCCUGCCCGGCUCCUUGGAGCCCGUCACCACUGCUUCGUGCGCCAUGCCAAGCCAGCAGAAGCAUAUUUGUCUUCCAGAACACUGUGCCUUAGGAAUGCUUUAGAAUCUGAACUUUUAAAAACAGACUUAAUGUGGAGUAUUUUCUAGAUAUCACUUUUAUUAGGUUGAACUGAAAAAGGUUUUGUAAAUUUCUUGCCCAAAAAAUUUUUCAAAUAUAGUUACUUUGGACUAGGGGUACAUUAUUACAAAAUAAAUUAACAGGUUUUUAAAUUGUUUAAACAAAUAUUUUGAAUAGCUAUCUUAGUGCCGACUGCUUUUUAUUUUUGAUUUUUUUCACAUUUAUCACCAGUUUUGGGAAAUGGUUUGUUUUCAAAGAUUCAGUAAUUUUCUUAACAAAACAGCAUAAAAAGAUGUUUGGCUUGCCUUACAAAAAGCAGUAUUUGGAAAAGAUGAAUUAGAGAACAAAAUGGAAACUAAAAGAAAGUUAAUUAGGAACAAACUGCCCUUUCAUGGAACAUUGUUUAACUUUUUCAAUGUAAAGGGGUUCUGCUUUCUUACUUUAGGGGAAGAGGAGCUGAGUUUAUUGAAACAUCUUAAAUUUGUCAUAAAUUAACUUUUCCAUGAACCAGAAGCAGGCUUGGGGCAGGUCAGUAGUACACAAUGCGAUUCUAUUUAUUUUUACUCUCUGGGGAAGGGAUAAUACAAUUCCAGAAAGUAAAAUUAUGUUUCUAAGGUUAAAAAACCCUUAUAUUGCACCUAGAAUAGUGCUGUGCACAAAGUGGUGCUUGAGUUAUGUGGGUAAAACAAAAUGUAAACUGGUAAAUUUUGUGCAUAUCUUCAAGGCUGGCAUAAAUAUGAAAUUUUUUUUAAACACUUGAAAAAUUAAAGGAUUUGUUUUAUAUUAUGUCCAUAUUGAAAAUACUGUUUAUAAGGAUUGGUUGAUCGUGUCUGGUAAGCCUCUGAACAUGCAACAGCAAGUUCUCCUUGUUUUAUCCCCUGGUGUUUCACUCAGGCUUCUAAGCCAUAACACAAUUGCUGCUGUGUCCACUCAAUCUUCAGGUUCUAAUAAAAAGUUGGG